ACCAAAUAGCUGCCUGUCACUCUUCCUUAAACCAUUCCGAGCUAUUGAAAAUAUCUAACGAAGCGAGCAAACUGUCAACACACCAAGAGAGAUCCGUAAGAAAAAGAGAUAAAUUAUGCGGGGCACGCUGUAAAUGAGAGUCGAGUUUAGACCAUCCAGAUCAGAGAAAGAAAGAAGAAGAAAAAAGAAGAAGGGAGAUGGAGAAGUGCCAUUGAGCGGGCCGAGAGCGAGAAUAUUAAUGCGCUUAUAAAUAAACCGGAGGAAAAAUCCAGCGAAGCGCGUAGUUCGGCGCGGCGUGCAGCCGCUUCUGCACGCUGCCGCCAAGAAACCACGGUAGGAAGCCGUACGGUUAACUUCGGCUCCCGCGUUCUCGUUUACGAAAACUUAUACACACGCUCGCGCUGUCUUCCCUCUUCGCAUACCCCUCCCUCCCUUCUCCACCUUUUCGAUCGUUUCCUUCAUUCUUCGUAUCGAUAUUCUCGAUAUGAGCUCGGCGCGACGACGCGAAACGCGAACGGUCUCGCGCGUACAAAGCCGCAUGCACGCUCCUGCGGGCGAGUGAUCCAGUGCGAACGAUAUGUGACUCGUCUACGGGGAUUGAAGACCGCGUGGUUCAGUGAUCGCACGAUCGGCUGAGGCGGAGAGAUGUAAUCGGAACGGAGUGAUGAGCGAAUGAAAAUAGAAUCGCUCGUUUACGAGAUACAGGACGGUCGUAACGUGACAGCACUCGGUAAAAGAUUUGUGCGCGGCAAGAGAUACGAAAUGGGAGAGAGAGAGAGAGAGGAAGAGAGAGAGAUAUCUUCGGACACAACGCAUCACGCGGAAGGAAUCGUUGAUAAAGUAACGUCAUCGUCAAGACACGACAACUCGGAUGUUUAAUUGAUGCUCGGCGCAAAUUAAUACUUUGAGUGAUCGAGCAGACAAGAGCGAUUGUGGUGUAGUGUGCUACAUUGCAGAAUAAGAAAGAGAUUUAUAUCUAAUAAUGUCUUGCAAUAUUCAGCCUUGGCUAAUCGUUGCUGCCAAAGAAAUAUAAAUUACUACGCGGUGUUAAGAGACUAUCUAAUUGUGAGACCAACGUAACAAAUAAUUUCUCUUUUAUUUGCACCGUGUAUCUAAAACUUCUCUUCAUUAUGUAGAUUAUUUUUUUUUUUAGAGUUUUUCGACUUACCGAAAUCUGGUAUCAUCUAGCUCUUGAGUGCUCGGAGUUAUUUCACGGACAGUCUUUUGCGGUGCAGCCGAUUGUUCUGUAAUUAAAAGUGAUAGAUGCACCACGUGAUGUGCGACUCUUCGCGGAAGCGAUGCGAGUCCGCAACAGUCUCUAAAUUACGCACGAUUUAGCGGGGAAUUUGCCAGAUUGAAUUCACACAGGGCGACUAUUUAUAAUUGAAAACGCCGUGCAGACAGAUCUCGUACGUGCCAACAAGGAAUCUUUGAACUCACGCUAUAUCACAAAAAUUGUUCUCGCGUAUAUUCCGAAUAAAUAAAUGCCCGGGAAGAGGUCCGCGCGGAUGAAACGUUUCUUACUCGCGAAAGCGUAGACGUGUAUUUCUCCGAAUGUUCUGUGCGAUGUGUGCGUCACGAUUAUCUACCAGGAAUUGUCAAUGUCGAUGCGUCGUGUUAUUGCACGAGACGACCGUUGCAGCGGUCGACGUCAGAGAUAAUGCAUUUUGGACGUUUGUAAACGUUUACGUUUAAUAUUAUUCGCACGUCAGAUAUACGCGCGUACCUUUCGCAUAUUGUGACGUUCCCACGCGCUUCCUAAUGGACGGCUAAAACUGGACAUUUUAUUACAUACGUAAUGUUUAAGAUGUUCACUUCAUUAAGGUCUUUAUUUCAGAUUUAAAUAAAGAAGCUAUCAUUAACGUUUCAUACGCGUCCGUUGCGAAUCGCUGGGUGUAAAAUCUCACACGAGUGUGCGUUCUCUUAUGAGGCCGACGAGCCGAAAUAAAAUUAAAGGGACAAUCGAGACAGAGGAACGGUUUUGCUUUUGUGCCAUGAAAUGACGGCUUGUCUAAAGCGCCAAAAGGAAACGUGUAGUCCGUGAGGUCACGAUGGAUGACAGCAUCCGUGAUUGCGAAGACGGUAGACACACUGACACACCGUGAAAGUUUCGAGCGAAUACGAAAGGGGAUUUGUAAAGCCAUGCUCAGGAAUUCGUCGAAGUCGGCGAUGGCUUCGACUGAGCUUCCAGUGCCAGCGAGCCCCGGCCCUGGUAGCAUCCCCUUGGGCUACGAAACAACACCCCGGCCGCGUAAGAAGCUCUCCUUCAAGGAACCAGAAACUUUCAACUCCUUGAAAAUGCGCAAGCCAUUGCCGCGGCUGAAGCUGUUGCACACACAAAACAGCGUCGACCUCAGCUUCGACGAGAAUCCCUUCGAGGAGGAAAACGACGAUCUCGAUGAGCUCGAGAGUCAAGCGAUGAGGGUGGUCAGAACAGUUGGGCAAGCUUUCGAAGUGUGCCAUAAGUUAAGUAUAAACAACACUACGGAGGAUCGCGAUCGAGGAGACAAAGACGGGGAGAAUCACGGUGAAAAUUACGGUGAUGUUUACGAGGACCAAGACGAAAUUCCUAAUGAGCAAUCUCAGCCUUCGCCGUCACCGGUACAUAAAGACAUAUCACUAUUAGGAGAUACUGAAGAUUCGGUUCCCGAACAAACAUCCGUUACCUGUUUACUUCGAUCACACGAUGGACCGGCCACAACAACCUCUACCUCACCAAUCAGACAGUCGCCAUCGGGCACGGUGACCUCCGAGUGCGGAGGUUUAUUGGUGGGAGGCGAAUUAACAGCCUUGAAACACGAGAUACAACUCCUACGUGAACGUUUGGAGCAACAGAGUCAACAAACCAGAGCCGCCGUUGCCCAUGCGCGACUUCUUCAGGAUCAGUUAGCGGCGGAAACGGCAGCGCGCGUCGAAGCUCAGGCGAGAACACACCAACUUCUAGUGCAAAAUAAGGAAUUGCUAGAACACAUAAGUGCACUGGUGAGCCACCUAAGGGAACAGGAGCGUGUUUCCGGUGGUCACGUCACUUCACAAUCGCAAAUACCAACGUCCGCAUCCAUGCAACAAAACGCAACGGCUUCCGACUUAUCGAGCCUCGGCCAGUGUCAACGAACCGGAGGCCAGAGCUCACCAUGGGAACUAGACCCACCGACUUUUCCAUACUGCUCGUAUCCUGCAGAAUCGCUUUAUUCCGGGAGUCUCGGUGGCAUGAGCAUUCAAAGCAAUAAUACCUCUGCUGAUCAACUGCAGUUUCAAACACAACUGCUAGAAAGACUACAUAACAUAAGUCCGUUCCAGCCCCAGAGAUCACCCUAUAAUACACCAUCGCCGUAUGCGAUGGGUCCUAGUUUGCUUCUACCUCCUAGUGGACCAUCGAAUUCAGCUCAGCUCUCUCCAAGUUCUGCGUCUCUACGGGUCUCUCAAGCGAACAGCUUUACUUCAUCGCCAGUUUUAACUCACAAACUCGACAACUUACUUGGGACAGACAGUAUGGAUGCGCAGCAUCCCGCUUUCAUAAAACCUUUGCCGUGCACCAACGACAGGAAUGUAACUCAUAUGUUAGCCGAUAAAAUUAAGCAAGAACGCUUGAAUCAAGACGAUAUACCUCCAAUAGUCCUGGAUCCUCCGCCGCUAAGUAAACGCUUGGAUAAUAGUAUGUCCAAGAAAACAAAUACAAAGCAAAGUUCAAUGGCUCAAAGUGCACAGGACAGCAAGAAUGCCAUGCAGAAUCCAAAAAAUCUAGCGACCAUCCUACGAACUUCGGGUCCACCGCCUUCUCGCACGACAAGCGCUCGAUUGCCUUCGCGCAGCGAACUGAUGAGCGAAGUGCAACGAACGACCUGGGCACGCCAUACCACCAAAUGAAUAAACACUCAAUACGAGCUUGCGAAUCCGCGCAAUUUCCCGCGCUGCGAUGAAUGAAGCUAAUAGUUUCAUUAGAAUUGGGAUAAAAAAUGUGCUAUCGAAGUAUAUCCCACAUUAGUUGUUAAUUAAUUACGAAAAAUUACGCGUUGUUUGAGAACCUUUAAUUUAAUGGAUAACAGGGUUUGCAUUUCCUUCUCGGUCGCAGACGCGAAUCCCAAACGUCAAUAUUUAUCUAGAGAUUUUUUAGUAACGUUGAAGUUAAACGAUUUCUUUCCCGCGCGAUACUUAAAGUUGGAUUAGAAAAAGAAAAGAAAGAACUCGAAAUCCGCGUUAUCGAUGAAGAAAUUAGUAUAUAUUUUAGAGUAUCUUACAGAGUAAUUUUAAUCGAUACUUUAGAUACGAGUCGGGUAUCACUCGACAUAGAGUCAAUAUAUCACUGUGACGACAUAUAGUGACGUACACUAUAGUGUGAAUUACGCGUUACGAAUGUUCAAAUCGCACUAUCAGCAGAUUGUACAUUCGUUUUUUUAUAGGUAACAUCUGUGGAGUGUUUGCAAAAGUUGGAACGGUUAACGCGUUCAGGGAAAACUGAAUAUCUCGCACACGUCUCUUUCGAGUAUCCCAAGGGACAAAUCGUAAUACGUAACUCGUAUACAUUUAUUCGUAUCGCGACGUUUCUAGCAUACUCCUAUGUACAAGAACCGUUAUCUAACGAACCUGUGCCAAAAGUACCAAUCAAGAGAGUUUAUUUUCAGUAUAUUUUUAAGUAUUGUAAAUAAAAAUACGCGUGAUCACACAGUUUGUGAUAAAUAUAUAUAUAUAUAUAUACAUAAAUAUAUAUUUACUAUCUCUAAAACAGA